AUGGAUCUGGCCACGAGUUAUGCGGACGACGUGGAGGAGGAUUCUAAGCAGUUUCAGCGGGACAACAAUCGUCUGAUUCCGUCGAAUCGUGGCACGACGGCGCAACGCUUGCCGACGUGGAAGGAGCGGGAGAAUAACAAACGGAGGGAGAGGAGACGACGCGCCAUAGCAGCCAAGAUCUUCACCGGCCUGCGCACCUACGGAAACUACGAUCUCCCGAAACAUUGCGACAACAACGAGGUGCUCAAGGCAGUGUGCAAAGAGGCCGGCUGGAUUGUCGAGGAGGACGGCACGACAUACCGAAAGGGUCAGCCUCGACCCCGGCAGCCCGAGCCGGCAGCAGGAAUCGACUCCGCGUAUCCUACGGACAGCGCCGUGCAACCCUACCCAUCGUCCAAUGUCAACACCCUCGAUAGUACGGACUACGACCAUUCAGCGUCUCUUGCUGGAAGCAGCGACCACGGCCGCGGCCCCGUCAAUGGCGUUGGCACGAUGCACGGGCGGCACGCCGGACUCGCCGCCGUUGGCGCCGCAGCCGCCGCUCCGAUGGUUGAUAAUAGACCUGCGCCCGGAGGAGGAAGCGCGAGUGGAACAACCCUGACUGGGGGAACUGCGCAGGCUGGCGGAACGGCGGCUCCGCCGGCAGCAGAGCUGCUGAAGCUCAUGUCCGCGCUCGCCGCUUUCCCCGCGGCGGCAGCGCAGCUGGGCGCAGCGCUGAACUCCUCCGCCGCGUCGCUCGCGGCCGUUGCGUCGUCGCUCGGCCUGCCUCCGUCAUUCGCCGCGUCAUCGGACGUGCAGCAGGUGCUGAUGCUACUCUCUAAAGGAGGUUCUAAUAACGGGGAUCAAUCGCUGCCAGUUAAUCGAACGCCCGCUCCCGCUUCUUCCGCUGUGCCGUCGGAUAUCUACUCUCUGCUGCAGUCAUCUCGCGCGUCCAACGUCGUCCAGUCGUCCGCAUCUUCCUCUCUCCCUCCCCCCGCUGCUCCUCCCCCCGACCGUUCCAUGCCUGCUCCUUCCCGGAGUGGCAACUUCAGCAGCGGCGGCCCGCACAACAGCAUCAGCCCUCAGUGCGGAAGUGCGUCACACGGCGGAGCGCUAGGACCUCAACGAACGGUGGAGUUUAAAUCCGCGGGAGGGAAGGACAACAAGUGGGCGGCUGGUGUGCGGCGCAUGGCGACGAGCUGGGAUGUAGAGGCGCCCAUGAAGCCUCCCCCUGUGAUGCGCUCAGAUGAUCUCCAGCUCAGCCUUGGCCUCGGGUAA